UUCUUGGCCUUGGGCAAGCCUGGCCUCUCCCCGUAGGGGGGGUGGUAAGGGGCUAGGCUGAGGAAGAAAAAAGAAAGGGAAUUGGGGCGGUUGAGGGACUUAUCGUUUAUUUUAAAAGAAGGGAAAGGAGAGGCCAUGGCUGUCCCGGCCAAGAAGAGGAAGAUGAACUUCUCCGAGCGGGAGGUGGAGAUCAUCGUAGAGGAGUUGGAGUUGAAGAAGCACCUGCUGGUGAAUCACUUCAAUGCUGGGGUCCCCCUGGCUGCCAAGAGCGCGGCCUGGCACGGUAUCCUAAGAAGAGUCAACGCCGUGGCCACCUGCCGAAGGGAGCUGCCUGAGGUCAAGAAGAAAUGGUCUGACCUCAAGACUGAGGUCCGCCGCAAGGUUGCUCAGGUCCGGGCAGCCGUGGAAGGUGGUGAGGCCCCUGGGCCCACUGAGGAGGAUGGAGCUGGUGGACCUGGGACCGGUGGUGGCGGUGGUGGCCCCGCUGUAGCCCCUGUACUGCUGUCCCCCAUGCAGCAACGCAUCUGCAACCUGCUGGGCGAGCCCACCAUCAUCAGCUUGCCCACGACCACAGAGAUCCACCCUGUGGCCCUGGGACCCACGGCCACCGCCACAGUCACCCUGACACAGAUCCCCACCGAGACCACCUAUCACACCCUGGAGGAGGGAGUGGUGGAAUACUGCACAGCCGAGGCCCCCCCAACCCUGCCGGCCGAGGCCCCCGUGGAGAUGACGACCCAGCACGCGGACGCCUCGGUCAAGCCGCAGGCGCUUAAGAGCCGCAUUGCCCUCAACUCGGCCAAGCUGAUCCAGGAGCAGCGGGUCACCAACCUCCACGUGAAGGAGAUUGCCCAGCACCUGGAGCAGCAGAACGACCUCCUGCAGAUGAUCCGCCGCUCCCAGGAGGUGCAAGCCUGUGCCCAAGAGCGCCAGGCCCAGGCCAUGGAGGGCACCCAGGCGGCCCUGAGCGUCCUCAUACAGGUCCUCCGACCCAUGAUCAAAGAUUUCCGCCGCUACCUGCAGAGUAACACGCCAAAUCCCGGUCCUCCGGCCUCUGACCCGGGACAGCUGGCUCAGAAUGGACAGCCAGACAGCAUCAUCCAGUGAGGGCCAGGAUCAGGCUAGCCCUCUGCUGUGAUUGGAUAAAGCCCCCAGGGCGGGAGGCCAUGUUAGUGGUGUCUGUGAUUGGCCUUGGGCCAGAAGCAGCCCCGUGGCCAGCUCACUCACCAGUGGACAUCUAAGGGCCUAGUGUUUCUGUGACCUGCGGGUGAUUGGAAAGGGGAACUCGUUAGGCAAAUGCUCCGAUCCUCUACCAUUUGUGCUGUGUUGCUAAAAGCGGGUAGGUUAGUAACCUGGGGGUCCAGCCCAGGUGAUGGGACAUGUGUUGCCACGAGCUAGGGCCUGUGACAUGCCUCAGAGCCAAUGGAGAACACCUGUAAGCAAGGCUGUCCCUGGAAGUGCUCUCAGGGCUGGGGUCUGGCCGAGCUGCCCCACCCCAGGUGCCACCAUAUGCUUAAGACCCUGUCAGUGGUGCUGGCAGGAUGGUAAUAACGUCUUUCUCCCAGACAAGGCAGAGUGACCCGGACACCCCUGCUCACUGUGUCUCCGUUCUCAGGGGGCUUCAGUGAACCCUGGGUUCUCACCCCCAACUCCCAGGGAUUUUCGUGCCCUGGCUGUGCCCGAGAUACUGCCAGGAGGGCCACAGCUAUGGCUUGGGAAGACGGUCUUGGAGCAGGCAGCCAGGCCCAGGGAUGCUGAGUGCCAUAAGGAUUGGCGUGGCUGCCCCUGACCUUCCAGAGCCCUGGGCAGCCCUCGGGUGGUUUGUCCCAACACCUUUGCACUCAGGUCGUGCUCCAGCUCUGGGGUGCUGUCCACGGUGGAGAAGCUGGGAAGAGGAGACGAGUGCGGACACUGUCACCACAGUCCUCUGCUGGCCAUUUCUUUCCAGAAGGCUUGCCGCCAGCCAGUAGUGUUUAUUCUGCCCACGAACCCCUUCUCGGACCGCCUCGGGGACCUCCGAGCCCCGUCCUGUGGCCACACCCUGCUCCCUUCCCGCCCCCUGACUCCUCCAUGCUCCCUCCAAUGGAACCUCCACGCACACACACGCACCCACCAACACCGUUGGCAUCACCCUCUGGACUCGAGCGAGCUCUCCCGCAGCACGCGCCGCGUCUAGAAUUGACCCAAAGCCAUGACUGGCACUGAAUGUAAGAGGUGGGAGAGUCCACGUGGACCUCUGGGGGACUUGAAGUCCGCCCUCCUCCAUCCUCUGCGCGGGGGAAAGGCAGGCCCACCUGGCCUGCAGGACGAGGGGGAUGUUCCCGGUCCCGUCUCUCCCUUUCCUCCGCGGAGGCGGAAAUGCAGGGACUUUACCCAGAGAGCGUUUGUUUCAUUUUCAGAAUCGCCAUCAAUUCCAGGGACCCCGGUGUCUCCCCGACGUCCUUCCCUAGUUCUCGGUGCUGAGGCCACAAUCCACAUUCUGGCUCCAGAUCUUAGGGAAACAAGUGCAGGACGUGGCCAGCCUGGACACGUGCUGACCAUGGGAAGAUGUCCCCAGAGACUGUUGGAAGGUGAUGGCCAUGCCACCAGCCAUCCCUCUGUGCAGGCACGUCUAGAGUGUGGAGAGGAAGCCGGGAGAGGGUUGAGUGGCACAGAGACACAGCUGCUGUGUGGCUGAAAAGCGGCAGCCCUGGCAACUGCGCCCCUGCUCCUGGUCCAGGGAGCCCCGACAGCCCCAGCAAGGUAGCUGCAGGCCCUUCCUGCAAAUUUGCUGCUCGGUUAGGUUUCCUCUGGGGUUGGGAAACCGAACCAGUACCUCCUGUGUUCCAAAUGGGUAGAAAGGGGAAGCAUGGAACCCUGGCGGACCAGUUGUUUGCAGGCCAUCCUUUUAAAUUAAAGAGCUAUCACCUGUU